AUGCGGUUACAUAUUGAUAGAUCAAUUCAAUCAAUAUGUAACCGCAGUAAUACUCACCCAAUAGUUGCAAAUAUUCAUCAAAACAUUAAGAAAAUAAGAGAAGAUGGAACAGUCGAUAUAACAUGGGUAAAAGGUCAUGCAGGCUCUGCCGGAAAUGAAGCAGCUGAUGCAGCUGCAAAAUGCGCAGCCAACUUAAAGAAAAAUUUUGAUUAUACAAAAUUUCCCAUAAGCUUUGUUAAAGCAAAAAUAAAAAAAGACAAUCUCUAUAAAUGGCAAAACCGAUAUCACAGUGCACCACAAGGGAAACAUACAAAACAGCUCUUACCGGACCUGUUUUCCAUUAAACGACUUUGGAAAACAACAAAAAUUGACUUUAAAUUAACCCAAAUUCUCACAGGUCAUGGUUUCCACAGAGAAUAUUUAUAUAGAUUUAAGAUUUCAAACACAGACACAUGCCCUUGCAAUAACCAUAGUGUACAAAAUAUUGACCACCUUUUGAAAUGCUGUCCCAGAUUUGGUGCACAGCGCAUGGAACAUGAAUUACACUGUCAGAUGCUUAAAGUCUCUCCGUACAACAUACAGGAGCUUGUAACAAAAGAAAGUGCAAUAAUAUCGUUUGUGAAGUAUGCUAGUUACAUAAUCGAUAAACUGAAAUCAUUCAACAGUAUAUAG